AUGACAGUUCUGACAAGUAGUUUGACGUUUGCAUCAGCCUUUUAACUUUUCACAUUCACCUGACUCAACAUAGAAAAUCUAGGAAGAAACGCUAUGAAAAGAACACUCAACAUAUUUGUGUUUGGAAGGCAUUUUUCGACAUUUGCAUCAGAUCGUUUCAGACAUCAAGUUGUGAACUCCACUUCUUCAUCCAGUAAAGAAUGCAGCUCAGAAUUUGUUAACGCCAAGCAUUUUGAUUCUAUCCCAUGUCCUCGUUCAUUGCCUGUCGUUGGUCAUCUGUAUUUAUUCUCAAGAUGGGGGCCGUACUCGUUUGAAAGACUUUACGAUGCGUACGAAGACUUAAAUAGGAAAUAUGGUUCAAUCGUUCGACUUGACUUAGGAGUUUGUUUCUUGGCGCUUUUUGACCCCGAGGACAUCAAGGUCAUGUUUCGUCAUGAAGGUCGUUAUCCCACAAGACCUGUAUUUGAAGCAUUGAAGUUAUGCAGAACAAGAAACCCACACAAAUAUCGGUCAGCAGGAAUAAUUUCAGAAAGUGGUAAAGAGUGGUAUAGAUUAAGACGCGCCAUUAAUUGGAUGCUUCGACCUGACUCCCCUGACCCUUAUUUACCAUCACAACAAGCAGUCGCCGAAGAUUUUGCAGAAAGGAUUCGGUACAUAAGGAACGAAGAAAACGUGUGUGAAGAUAUCUUAAAUGAACUCUACCGGUACACCCAGGAAUCGGUGGGUGUUAUAUGUUUCGAUUUCCGUCUGGGAUUAGUGUCUGCCGGUAAGGGUAAACUUCAUGACCGUGAGAAGAAGGCACUUAGUGCUGUGAAUGACACUCUGGAUUCUAUGGCUAAGACACUACUAGGAUUUCCUUGGUGGAAACUUUUCAGAACUCCAACAUUUAAAACGUUAGAAGCUGCUCAAGAUUUUUAUUAUUCCAUGGCAAUGGAAAACCUGGAACGCGUAAGACCACGUCUUGAAAGAGAUGCAAAAGGAAAAGACUCCUCUAGCCUGUUGUUUCUUCAGAAACUUUUCUCCAAUGAAGACCUUGACAAGCGAGAUAUCGCACUUCUGAUGACUGAAGUGUAUUUCGCUGGAAUUGAUACGACAGCCAACUCUCUCGCAUUUCUUCUAUACAAUCUGGCUCGGAACCAAAACGUCCAGGAGGCGCUGUAUCAGGAAAUAAAAACAAAAGUACCACCUGUAGAGAAACUGACACCUUCCGAUCUCCAAAAUCUGACGUAUCUUCGGGCAUGUAAAAAGGAAAACCACAGGCUGACUCCAACAGCAGGUGGAAAUGCUAGAUUUAUCACUGAAGAUGUUGUCUUAAGCGGAUAUCAUGUACCCAAAGGGACUUUAUGUAUUGGGAUCAACCCCAGCAUCUGUAAACUGGAUAAGUAUUUUUCGAACCCAAAAGAAUUUAGACCAGAGCGUUGGUUGGGCCAAGAAGAGCGAAGUCAUCCAUUUGCUACCCUACCAUUUGGGCACGGAGCUCGGCGUUGCGUCGGUCAGAGAUUUGCUGAACAAGAGAUGAGUUUGUGUAUCAUUAAGAUCCUUCAGAAGUUUCGAUUAGAGUAUGCAGAUGAUAAAGGCGUUAAGAUGAAGAUGAAACUGCAGAUUAUUCCAGAUAGACCAAUAGCAAUCCGUUUCCAUGAUAGGAAGUAAUUACAAGAAGUAUUUCGUUUCUCAUCUGACAGUUACUUAUGCAUUUCACUUUAACAUUUACUACCGUUAUUAUUAGCUAUUAUUCAAAUGCAUUUUAAUUGAAGUAUUGAAACUAAUUUGAGUACCCCGAGUCCACAAAACUCUGAAAAUAUUACUCAAAUGAAGUUCAUAGCACAUAUAAUAACAUUACUUGGCAUUCAAACAGUGGAACAUAAUCAUUGCAUUCCUUCAUAUAAUGUAAUAACUUUGACAGCAAAUGUUAUUUUGUGUUUCAGGAGAACAUUUAUGAAAAUUAUAAGUGUGAAGCAAAACAUAAUUAAUGACUGAGUCACUAAUAAGCAACAUAUAUCUAGUACUAGACAGCUGUUUAAUUAAAACUGUAUGGUAGUUACAAAUAACAUAAAAAUUUACUUGAAUGCUAAGUUUAUUCCAAGUUUUUUGACUAGAACAGUUAAGUAAUCCUUAAGUAUCCAAAGGAUACAUCUACUAAAUAGAAAGACCGUUUGUGUUUCCUGUCAGUGACGUGAACAGUAGGGUGGCUGGGUAGGCUCAAGCCUUUCCCUUCUUGCCCAUAUGCCCCAAAAGUUCUCUUUAUUUCAGUCAAAAACAAUUGACAGAAAUCACUAAAAUAUAUGGCUGAUUCCAUACCUUGUUUGCAGCAAGUUAUAAGGAAAAAGAAAUAUUUCAAUUUUCGAAUAAACACAAAGAUGUGUAGGUUAGAUUUUAAAUGUAUAUAUAUACGGCCAAUAGAUUAGGAAUAACAGAGGAAUUAUUUGCUUCUUAUGGCUCUUUGAAUUAUGUGUAGCAGAGACAAUCCAAAAUCCUCAUAGUCUCCCCUAAAACCAGUCACCCUCCAAAAAAGCAGCUUGCUUUACAAUGCUUGAAAAGUGCCCUUUAUUGUCAAUGAGCCCCUGCCCUUUUAAUGUCCUCUGUAUAUUACUGUUUCCUGUUAAACUGUUUUUUUAGUGGGGAUUAUACAGAGUAACAUAACUUGUUUUUCUUCUGUGAGUGGCGUAGGUGUGACUGGUGUUGGUUUGGCUACUGGUCCUGUCAGUGCACCUAGCUUGUUUGAGUAAGUCGCUAUGGAGGGACAUUCCUACAGUGGCACCUCAGGCAGGCUCAGUAGGUUUCAAAGCCUAGAUGUUCAGCUUUAGAGUCAUUUUGGCAUGUUGCAUUUGAAUAGGAGUUUAGGCACCAUAGGCUUUCCCCAGAAUUACUCUUGAUUCUCUCCAGAACAAAAAAGCUGUUCACUUUUAUUCACUCUUUAUUUUGUGCCACUAUAAACCAAAUAGUAUGUAUAUUGUUAUAUAAACAUAACCAAAAUUACACUAUUGAACCCUUUGAUGAAGUAAUUUAGUGAGAAGAGUUGUGGAAGGAAAUAGUUGAACAACCUCACACAGAUCUGAAAAGAGCCAGGUAAGCUUAUCAUAGAAGGGGAACGUUUUCCACUAUAGAUGAACAAUCCUUUCAAUAUAUAUUUUACAUCUGUGAAACACUGAUCAGAAAAAGGAGCUGAAUUGGGUCUGAUUCAGAAAUGAAAGAAGUAAGAUGACAGAAACAGGCUCUUCCAAAAAUAUCCAAAAUAUAUGCACCAAGUACAUCUGCCAUUAAAAAAAUUGGAAAAGUUAAUUACAUCAAGAGUAAACUAUUUUGAUUUAGCAUAAGAAAGCAGAUUUGAAUAACCAUUACAGAACUUCUAUUUCUGUUAUUAAUUUAAAUAAACUGAAUUUUGAUUA